CUGCGGCUUUUAGAAACAGACACAAGAGGAGAGGGGCUUCAUUCUCAGUCCAAAGCUUCGCUCAGGCACAGCCCCGUUUCGGAGGUUGAGGGUGGACGAGCUGCUUCUGUCUCCGCCAUGUCCAUGUUGUUGUUGUCAUCUCCGCCCCUUAUCUGACUGAAGCGCAGAGCCCCGCCAGUCCAGCACGCUGUCAGGGGAGAGAGGGGGAUUUUCUCUUUUUUUUCUCCUUUCUUUCUUCUUCUUCUUCUUCUGAGUGGAGGCUCAGAGCUAUAUACCGUCUUGUUUGGUUUUCUUCAGGAUGUCCUCCAAACACUCAGAGUGACACGAGUUCUUAAGCCAAAUGUUGCUGCAGCCGCCGCGCUCUGCACACGCGUGGGUCAUGCGCUGCACCUGACAGACUUUCUUCCAUACUUUUUUUUUUUUUUUUUUUUUUUGGAAAAGGAAAACUUAACAAGAAGAAGAGGGAGAAGAAGAAGAAGUUGAAGCAUCCGCGGACUCCUUCCAAGGCGGACUGUGUUUACACCAAAACAAAUUUAGAUUUCUUUUUUUUUUUUAUUCGUUUAAAGCUGCACCACAAAGGCGAAACGGCGACCUCAGUCGAUUACCUUUCUUUCCUUUGCUAUCCCAUGGAUAUUCACUGCAAAGCAGACCCCUUCUCGGCGAUGCACCUAUCCCACGCAGGGCACGGCGGUGUGAACCAGCUCGGCGGGGUGUUUGUGAACGGCAGACCCCUCCCGGACGUGGUGCGGCAGCGGAUAGUGGAGCUGGCCCACCAGGGCGUCCGGCCCUGCGACAUCUCCCGACAGCUACGGGUCAGUCACGGCUGUGUCAGCAAAAUCCUCGGCAGCUAUCAGAAGGCAUUUCAGAGGUACUACGAGACCGGCAGUAUUAAACCGGGAGUCAUCGGGGGCUCCAAACCAAAGGUCGCAACGCCGAAAGUGGUGGAUAAAAUCGCGGAGUACAAGCGCCAGAAUCCCACAAUGUUUGCGUGGGAGAUAAGAGACCGACUCCUGGCGGAGGGGGUCUGCGACAACGACACAGUACCCAGUGUUUCAUCCAUCAACAGGAUUAUCCGCACCAAAGUCCAGCAGCAAUUCCACCCGUCCCCUGAUGGAUCCGUCACGCCGCUCUCCACACCCGGCCACACCAUAGUGCCCAGCACAGCCUCGCCUCCCGUGACCAGUGCCUCCAACAAUCCCGUAGGAUCCUACUCCAUCAACGGCAUUCUGGGUAUUCCCCGCUCCAACGGCGAGAAAAGGAAACGGGAUGAUGUUCUCUGGAGUGGCAACCACUUGGAUGGAAGGAAAAUAGGACAUUAUGGCUCAGAUGGCUCAGGCCCUGGCAGUGACUCUCAGGGAAGUGUGGAGAGUUUAAGGAAACAUCUGCGAGCAGACGCCUUCACCCAGCAACAGCUGGAAGCCCUGGAUCGCGUGUUCGAACGACCUUCUUACCCUGAUGUCUUCCCCACUUCAGAACACAUCAAACCAGAGCAGGCGAAUGAGUACUCCCUCCCGUCCCUGAAUGCCAGCCUGGAAGAUGUGAAGCCCAGUCUCUCCACCAGUGCCAGCUCCGACCUCGCUUCCAGUGUCUCGCAGAGCUACUCUGUUGUGACAGGUCGAGAAAUGGCGAGCACCACCUUACCUGGCUACCCACCCCAUGUCCCCCCCACAGGACAAGGCAGCUACCCCACCUCCACACUUGCAGGCAUGGUUCCUGGGGGUGACUUUUCUGGAAACCCUUAUUCUCAUCCCCAAUACACAACCUACAAUGAGGCUUGGAGGUUCAGUAAUCCAGCGUUACUGAGUUCCCCUUAUUAUUAUAGUGCCGCAUCCCGUGGCUCCGCGCCUCCCGCUGCUGCCACUGCCUAUGACCGCCACUAGUCACCCCGGAGACCAGCUCAACCUGCAGGGCCGGAGCUUCAACCUCCACGUUGUUCCUGUCUGAGAAACACUGGGACCUCUUCAUCUUAUGCGAUAAAGACGAAGGAUGAACGAGGCUGGAGCCGGCGCACCCAGCUCUAGCUUUUACGCAUUUUGGGUCAGAGCUAGGGGUGGGGAGAGGGGUCCCGAAGGAGUUUGGAGCCUGUAAAUUCCUCACAGGCUUGAACAUUUCCAGAAUGACUUCAACAGAAUCUAUAAAUAUAUAUAUUAUAAAAUAUAAACUGAAGAAAAAAACUGUGUGAAGAAUACCAUGUGGAAAAAUG